AUGUCAUCUUCAGUAGAGCUAUCCAUUCGCCCCGCACAAUUCGCAGACCUAGACGCAAUCUGCACCAUAUACAACCACUACGUACUUUACUCUCUGGCAACCUUUGCUGAGACGCCGCUGUCUUUGGAGACGUUCCACUCGAAGUAUCAAUCGUUGCACACUUCAAAUCUACCCUUCCUCGUCGCCACGCGAAAGAUCGAAGGCUCAGAGACGAUUCUCGGCUUCACAUAUGCAGCGCCAUACGCAGAACGUAGCGGAUACCGGUACACCUUGGAGACAACGAUCUAUCUGGCGCCAGGCAACUCUCGCCAAGGGAUUGGCAGUGCACUCCUGCGGGCCCUCAUACAAGCUUGCGAGCAGAACGGUCCUUGGAGGACGCUUGUCGCUAUCAUCGGCGAUACGCCUGGGCCAGCCGGAGACGAACAGAACAGUUCCAACCGAGCGUCGAUCGCCUUGCACGAGAGGCAUGGAUUCGUGCAGUCUGGGAGGUUGAAGAACUUGGGAUGGAAACUGGACCAAUGGGUUGAUUGUGUCUACAUGCAACGUUUCUUAGUGCCAGCAAAACGAGAAAUCGGGGACCCGCUGGAGAGGGCCGGGCGGCUAGGGCUAGCAGACCGAAGGCGCGAUGCUUGCCUCGGUGGUGGUAGGAUGAGAGCUACUCUACUACAUGCGACGUGCUAA